AAAAACAACAGCAGCCAGCAGUAGCACAAGUAUGGCAAUUGGACCGGUCAAUUGGGAUAAAGUGUUUACUGACCAGAGCAAGGUUGGUCUGGAACAUUAUAGACGUAUACCAUAUGGACAGCCAUUACUGGACGAUCAUCUCAGGUAUGUGAAAGAUGAAGGACAUAGCGACCAAUGGCAGAACAUAGAGUUUGUACGUCAAUUGGGAUCCGGCAGUUUUGGUACCGUAUGGGAAGUGACUACACGACAAAAACUGAAAAAGGAUGGUCUGAGAAAAAUCAUGUUUUGGCAGAAAUGGGAAAACUUGCGACUGGCCUGCAAAGUGAUGACAUACUUUUAUAACGGUAGAGGUAAUAUCAGAUCCUGUGUGAAUAUACUGUUGGCAGACAUGCAGAGGCUACAGUUUCUCAAACACGACAACAUUGUAAAGUAUGUCGACUUUAUAGGUAUACCCGAUCCGCUAACUGGAUUUCCCUAUUCACGGGUAUUGAUGCUUAUGGAGUUGUGUAACGGCGACAUCAACAGUUUCAUCCGCAGCACAAACUAUAUGAGUGAAAAGGAAAUAGUCAAAUGGCUCCGACAUAUUGCCAAAGCACUUGUCUAUCUGCACAAUGAUAAUCGUAUGGUUCAUCUGGAUAUCAAACCGCUAAACAUUUUGUACAAAAAUCGUUUCGGUGGUAAACGGAUCUACAAGUUGGGCGACUUUGGAUUGGCUAUUGCCUACGAACCGGGCCAACCAAUGGAAGAGACCAACUUUCCGGGCGGUACAACUGCUUACGUUGCACCAGAAUUUUUUCCCGCUCCUGGUCAACGGCACGGUCCGAUGGGUCAACUUGGAAAAACAGUAACCACUCCACCGUGCGAUAUCUAUUCAGCAGGUGCCACCGUUGUCAAUUGUCUAAUAGGUAAUACAUUCUAUCGGGGUAGAAAUGCUCGUAACCAACUUCACCAGUUAGGCAGUGAAAUUAGCCCGGAGUUCAGACAGUUGAUUGAUGAGAUGUUAGCCGUAGAUCCGCAACAACGUCCCGACGCCCAAACACUGCUCGACCGAAUCAGACAACUAUAGAAACAGACAAAACAA